CCUCUGGGGCUCGGCGCGCCAUGGAGACGGCGGAGAAGGAGUGCGGCGCGCUGGGCGGCCUCUUCCAAGCCAUCGUCAACGACAUGAAGAGUUCCUAUCCUAUCUGGGAAGAUUUCAACUCCAAGGCAACAAAACUCCACUCCCAACUGCGGACUACCGUGCUGGCUGCAGUAGCCUUCCUGGAUGCCUUCCAGAAAGUGGCGGACAUGGCCACCAACACACGAGGGGCGACAAGAGACAUUGGCUCGGCUCUGACCCGGAUGUGUAUGCGCCACCGUAGCAUUGAAGCCAAGCUGAGGCAGUUUACCAACGCCCUGAUGGAGAGUCUGAUUAAUCCUCUGCAGGACAGGAUAGAGGACUGGAAGAAAACCGCUAACCAGCUUGACAAAGACCAUGCAAAAGAAUACAAACGAGCCCGUCACGAGAUAAAGAAGAAAUCCUCUGACACGCUGAAGCUGCAGAAGAAAGCCCGCAAAGGGAAGGGGGACCUGCAGCCGCAGCUGGACAAUGCACUCCAGGACGUCAGCGAUAUGUAUCUCCUCUUGGAAGAGACAGAAAAACAGGCCGUCCGCAAGGCCCUCAUUGAGGAGCGUGGCCGAUUCUGCACCUUCAUCGCUUACUUGCAACCUGUGGUGAAUGGAGAGAUCACUAUGCUGGGAGAGAUCACCCACCUGCAGGGCAUUAUUGAUGAUCUGGUGGUGUUGACCGCAGAGCCUAACAAAUUGCCCCCAGCCAGUGAACAGGUGAUCAAAGAUCUGAAGGGCUCCGAUUACAGUUGGUCUUACCAGACUCCACCGUCGUCUCCUAGCAGCUCCGGGUCCCGCAAGUCUAGCAUGUGCAGCCUGGCACAGCCUGUGAACGCCAACACCCGCCUGUCCAGUGUCUCAUCACAUGACUCCGGCUUCAUUUCCCAGGAUGCCAUGUUCUCCAAACCACCUUCGCCGAUGCCCUCGGACAUCACCAGUCAGAAGUCUUCCAGCUCCGCUUCGUCCGAGGCCUCAGAAACCUGCCAGUCUGUUAGUGAAUGCAACUCCCCGACCUCGUGGAAACCGCUGAAUGUAGCUCAUGGGGCCAGGACUGAAGGAAGCUCCCGAAGAAGCCUCAGCCUGGAUUGGUCUAAAGCCACCCUCUACGAGCAGCCAGUGGCGAAUACGCUGCAGCGAAGGAAAGACCGCGUCGAGCACCUCCGGGAGGCAGAGAUGGGCUCUGCCACCCUGGUAUAUCCAGGCAUCAGCUUGGAGGAAGGGUCGAGGCCACGGAUGUCCCCAGCCUCCAUCGCUGCCAGGCAUGGUGAGGAGGUGUCCCCGGCGGCCAGUGACUUGGCGAUGGUGCUAACCCGCGGCUUGAGCCUUGAGCACCAGAAGAGCAGCCGGGACUCCCUGCAGUACUCGAGUGGCUACAGCACACAGACGACCACGCCCUCCUGUUCUGAGGACACCAUUCCCUCGCAAGGUUCAGAUUAUGACUGCUAUUCAGUCAACGGCGAUGUCGAAGGCGAGAGCCAGACCGAUUUCGACAAAUCCUCGACCAUCCCGCGUAACAGCAACAUUGCCCAGAACUACCGCCGCAUGAUUCAGACCAAGCGGCCCGCUUCUACGGCUGGCCUGCCCACUGGCACUGCCCUGCCGUCAGGUACCACUCCAGGCGUGGCCACCAUCCGUCGCACCCCUUCAACUAAGCCCACGGUACGCCGAACCCUCUCCAACGCUGGUCCCAUCCCCAUCAGACCCCCCAUUGUCCCCGUCAAGACCCCCACAGUGCCUGACUCCCCCGGCUACACUGGCCCCACCCGGGUGGGCAGUGAGGAGUGUGUGUUCUAUGCCGACGACGCCUCGGCCAAUGCCAUGGACUUCUCCAAAGCCUCGCCCAAGAGGCUGAGCCUGCCCAACACGGCCUGGGGCAGCAACGUCAUGGAGAUCUCGGUGUAUGCAGGGGCCGGGCAGCAUCUCUCCACAGAGGAGGAAGACCAGCAGCUGGCAGCCAACCGCCACAGCCUGGUGGAAAAGAUCGGUGAGCUGGUGGCCAGUGCGCAUGCGCUCGGGGAGGGCCAGUUCCCCUUUCCAACAGCGUUGUCUACCCUUGGCCCCGGGGAGGAGACGCCUGUCCCUCCCCCAGCGGCCUCCAGCGACCCCCCUGCCGAAGACAUGUUAGUAGCCAUCCGCCGUGGGGUGCGGCUUCGCAGGACCAUCACCAAUGACAGGUCAGCACCGCGAAUUUUGUGAUGGUCUCUUUCCAGCUGCCAGUCUU